CAUUUUUCAUGGAAAAUAUACGAGUAGUGAUGUAAUUUGACGUUGGUUUUAUGGCAAACCAUUAGUAAUGGCUUUGGGACCACUGGAAUUAAAGAUAAAAAGACUCACUGUAGCCAACUUCGAAGUCAUGGCUGAUGGAGGAAGACUUUGCUCUGUAGCCAACUUCGAAGUCGUGGUUGCCGUGCUUGACGGGCUGGGCUGCUCCACCACCACCAUAGAAAGACUUUGCUUUGUAUAAGAUUGAGUAAUUCAUUUACUCCUCAAUCAUCAAACUACUAUCCAUCUUACUCACUCUCCUUUUCAUAUCUCUCUAAAUCCUCCUACCUGUAACAAAACAAAAUGAGUUGGCUUAUGUUUCUUCAUCAAUUUCUUCUGCUAUUUCUCUUGUCUUCUUCUUCUUCUUCUUCUUCUUCUACUUCUGCACGCCAUACCUGCCUUGAGGACCAGAGAUUUUCACUUCUCCAAUUUAAAACAACAUUUACCAUAACUGCUAAUGCCUCUUUACGUUGUGAAUCUGAUUCUCAUCCUAAAAUGGUGUUCUGGAAUGAGAGUGGUGAUUGCUGCUCGUGGGAGGGGGUCACGUGCGACUGGUCCAAUGGUCAUGUGAUUGGACUUGACCUCAGUUGCAGCCACCUUCACGGCACCAUCCAACCCAACACCACCCUCUUCCACCUUCGUCACCUCCAAACCCUCAAUCUUGCCUUCAAUGACUUCAAUUUCUCUACAAUUUCACCUGACUUUGGCUCCUUUCCAAGUUUGACCCAUCUCAACCUCUCUUACUCUAAUUUUACUGGCCCAAUUCCCUCAAAAAUCUGCCAUCUGUCCAAAUUGGUUUCCCUUGAUCUCUCUUAUUUCAAUUAUUAUCCUCAAAAUCCUUAUGAUUCUUCUUAUUCUCUGGCGAGACUUGAACAACACACUUUCAAUAUGCUCCUUCGAAACCUAACCCAAUUAAGAGAACUACACCUUGAUUCGUUGAAUAUCUUUUCACCUUUACCUCAUGCUUUGCUAAAUCUAUCUUCUUUGACAUCUCUCAGUCUUCGCUAUUGUCAACUGCGUGGGAAAUUCUCAGAAAACAUUUUUCACUUUCCAAACCUACGAGAGCUCUGUGUAUCGGGAAAUUCGGAACACACAGGUAAACUUCCAUACUUCAAUGUGACUAGUUCCCUUCAGUUUCUUGAUCUCUUUCGUUGCAACUUUUCGGGGUCCAUUCCAGCUUCUCUUAGGAACCUUACACAAAUCACCUAUCUAGACUUCGGGUCUAACAGUUUCGGCGGUCAAAUCCCCUCAUCAAUUUCAAACCUUGCAAAGCUUAAUACCUUGUAUCUUGACGGAAACAAUUUGACCGGACAAAUACCGGAUUCCCUUGGCAACAUGAGCCAACUUACUCUCUUGUAUCUUGGCGGAAACAAUUUGACCGGACAAAUACCGGAUUCCCUUGGCAACAUGAGCCAACUUACUCUCUUGUCUCUUUCCGCAAACAAUUUGACCGGACAAAUACCGGAUUCCCUUGGCAACAUGAGCCAACUUACUAUCUUGUAUCUUUCCAGAAACAAUUUGAACGGUCAAAUACCGGAUUCCCUUGGCAACAUGAGCCAACUAACUUCUCUCCAUUUGAGUUAUAACUCACUUAAUGGGACAAUACCAUCUUCGUUGUUUGCUCUGCCUUCACUGGUUUAUAUAGAAUUGAUUAACAAUAAGCUACAGGGACCAAUUCCAGGAUCAGUUUAUGAACUUCAGAACCUAACAUUCUUGCGGCUUUCAUCAAAUAACUUGAGUGGUGUAGUGGAUCUAGACAAGCUUCUAAAGCUUAAAAAUCUGAUCUAUCUUGAUCUCUCAUAUAAUGGUCUCUCAUUGAGCAUCAAUAACAGUGUCAACUCUACCUUGACCAACUUUGACACUAUAGGAUUAGCUUCUUGCAACUUGAGCGAAUUCCCAAACUUCUUGAGGGAACAAGCCAGUUUGUCUUCACUAGACCUUUCAAACAACAAAAUUCAUGGUAAAGUUCCAAAAUGGUUAUUCGAUGUGGGGAAAGAUUCAUUGUAUAAUUUAACUCUUUCUCAUAAUUUCCUUACAAGUUUAGAGCGUUUUCCAUGGAAGAAUCUGGGAUAUAUUGACCUGCACUCCAACUUACUCCGAGGACCACUCCCUGUUCCACCUAACACCACAAAUGUUUUCUCCAUCUCAAACAACAAAUUGACCGGAAAAAUCCCUCCAUUGAUUUGCGAUUUGAAAUCACUUGUAAUUCUUGAUUUGUCUAAUAACAGUUUGAGUGGAUUGAUUCCACAAUGUUUGGGAAACUUGAGCAACAGCCUCUCAGUGCUGAAUUUAGGGAUCAAUAGCUUUCGUGGCACGUUUACUGCAACAUUUACCAAAGGCAACGUGCUAAGGAAUCUUAACUUGAAUGGCAACCAAAUUGAAGGACAAAUUCCACGAUCGUUGCUCAAUUGUAGACACUUGGAAGUUCUAGAUCUUGGAAAAAACAAGAUAAAUGAUAGAUUCCCCCACUGGUUGGGAACUAUUCGAAACUUGCAGGUUCUUGUCUUGAGAUUUAAUAUGUUUCAUGGUCCCAUAGGCACCUUCAAGACCAAGGGCAAACAUCUUUUCCCUAAGUUGAGAAUUAUUGACAUAUCUUACAAUCAGUUCACUGGGCUUUUGCCAACAAACUAUAUCAAACAAUUUGAUGCUAUGAUGAAUGCGGAUGAACAACAAAUGAAAUUGAAAUACAUGGGUGAAUACUAUUAUCAAGAUUCUGUGGUGGUAAUGAUGAAAGGAUAUGAAAUUGAAUAUUCAAGAAUCUUAACGGUCUUCUCAAUCAUUGAUUUUUCAAGAAACAAAUUCCAAGGAGACAUUCCGAAAUCCAUUAGGAGGCUUAAUUCGCUUUGGGAUCUUAACUUAUCCCAAAACAACCUCAAAGGUCACAUCCCAACUUUAUUUGAAAAUUUAACGAACCUUGAAUCAUUGGACCUUUCCUCAAACAAGCUUGUUGGGGAGAUUCCUCAGCAAUUGACAAGUUUGAAGUUUCUUGCCGUACUAAACCUUUCGGAUAACCAACUAGUGGGACAAAUUCCUCAAGGGAGCCAAUUUAAUACAUUUGGGAAUGAUUCAUACAAUGGGAACUUGGCCUUGUGUGGAUUCCCCUUAUCAAAGAAAUGUGAGGAACAACAACCAUUGCCACCUCCACCAACACUGCAACAUGAUGAAAAUUCAGAUUGGGAGGGCAAAUUUAACUGGAAAGUUGUUGUUAUGGGGUAUGGAUGUGGCUUUGUAUUUGGAAUGCUUAUGGGAUAUCUUAUGUUAGUAACUCGAAGUCCAGAAUAGCUGAUGAAAAUUGUUGAAGAAAAACAAUGUAAGAAGGUGAAAAGAUCCAAGAAGAGUGCUCACUGAUGCAGUAAAGGAAGAAAUUAGCAAAAAACAAAUGGCGUCAUUUAGGAAGCUGCAGAAAUCAAGGAUGAAGCUGUUGAAAAGGAUGAUGUUCAAGAGGUUCAUACCGAUGUCACCAUAGAGACUAAUACAGUUGUCAACUCUACUUAGCCCCAAGGAAGGUAUAAGAAAAGAGAGGGGAAACUUGACCAUGCAUAUUCUUCUGAGGAUCUUGGAGGAAUACUUGUGAGUUACUAACCUUAGUAACUUAGGUCCCCAAGUUUUUUGGUAUAGAGUUGAUUGAAACAGGGCAGGGGUUUGAAUUCAAUUCCUCGGGAAAUGGGGGUUAUGUCUAGGCAGGUUUUGCCCAUUUGUGGUAAAGUCUGUUUCUUCUAUCCUUCCCUGCGGCCAAGGUCGAGACAGCCUGUGAAGCGGUACAAAAAUCUUCUUGCUAAUAUCUUCCCUCGGUCUCAGGUCAGUUGACGUGACUUUUUGCGAUUCUUGUGCUUCUGUAUGUUGUGAAGUUCUCCAAAGUUGUCUGUGCGUGAACAUUCCUUUUCAUAUUACUAUGAAUUACUAUUUAGCGUUGACUGGAAGGAAUUUUAAUGGCCUGCUGUUUCAAUAGCCAUUAGGUGGUCAUAGCUUAAAUUUGUGAGACAUUUUUAUCUUGCAACGGUUAACAUGGACUGCAUUGAAAGCCGCUGGUGCACCACAAGCUUACUGUAGAAAAACCCUCAAUGCUAAAAAGAAACAAGCAUCUAUGCAACUGGAGCAAGUGAACAUAGAUAGCUAUAAGGACCGAUUCAGCACUCUUCUAUUGGUGUCCACCCUCGUUGCCACUGUAACUUUUGCAGCCAGUUGCACAAUACCUGGUGGCCAUAGCAACAAUUGACCUGACCAAGGCAUGCCAACUAUGCUAAAACACAAGUGGUUUCACAUGUUCAUUUUCUGCGACACCAUAGCCAUGUAUGGCUCCAUUAUGUGUUGGAGAUAUGUGGUUUUGUUCUUGUUUCUCCCCACUAUGUACUCAUUUUAUUAAUAAAUU